AUGUCGGAUAGUGAAGGCUCAGACCGACAAAACGUAGCAUCAAGUCGCACGGGAAAAGUGGUGCACUCGCCAAUAGCCGUACAGAAGAAAAAGUGGUCGCAGAAGCAGCAGUUGCAGCAAUCAGAACGGAAUAUGGAAGCAUUCACGGCUAGACGGCACGCAGUUGCAGGGAAGUUGGAACGAAUAGGAGGCUUGCUGCAGCAGACACAGCACUCUACGGUGCAUCAUCUGGAGACGUACCUCAAGCGGGUGGACUCUUGUUAUGAUGAAUUCAACUCGAUUCAAAACGAGGUCUACACGCAAUUCCCAGAUAAACGCGAAGAACAAGAAGAAUUUUUCAUCGAGUUCGAAACUAUUUACGAGAAUCUUCGUGUACAAAUCUGCAGUAAGAUGGACAGCUUGAAUCUAGGCCAGGGCGUGUCACAGAAAACAGUUCCACCUCCUGUCGUUGAGCAGCAGCCGGGGCUGCCCCACGUGCCGCUUCCUACCUUUGACGGCACGUACGAGAAAUGGUUCCGGUUCAAGCAAUUGUUUCUGGAUCUCAUGGGCAAAUACCCGCUGAUGUCAAGUGCGACGAAGUUGCACUAUUUGACCCAAUCGCUGAAAGGAAAAGCAGAAAACAUUUUCAGUGAUCAAGUACUCAACGACAACAAUUUUGACGCAGCGUGGAACCAGCUAGUGCAACGAUUCGAGAACAAGCGUACGAUUGUCGAUAUCCACGUAAAUGGCCUUCUGAAUCUCAAGAAAAUGAGCAAGGAGAGUUCCGUCGAACUUCGUCAGCUAUUGGACAAGUCAACACACAGCAUGUGGGAAAACAGUUUGCCACCGAAGAGCUUGCCAGAUUUCAAAGCAACAAUCGAUUUCUUGCGUAACCGUUGCUUCGUUUUGGAGAGAUGUGAAGCCAACAGUGCAACUAGAGUUAGUGAUGUGAAACCCAAGGCACAAACUCCGACCAGCAAGCCACUGUUCCCAAGCUCCAAACCGCUGCUAAAGGUGCAUACGGCCCAGCAUGUAUCAGAAGAAAUGUGUGCUGUUUGCGGAGAUCAGCACAACGUUAUCAAGUGCAGCGUCAUGAGUCAAAAGUCGUUGUCAGAGAGAUUGACAACGGUCAAGGAGAAACAGCUUUGCUUUAAUUGCCUGAAGCAAGGUCACAGAGUUGGGCAGUGUAAAUCUCGGAUGUGCACGGUAACCGGCUACGGGAAAAAGCAUCACACGUUACUGCAUGUGGAUGUAGCAGUCGUCGAGAAGCCUGUCGUCGCUGAUGUUACUAGUGGAAAAGAUCAGAAGAAGGAGGAAGCACCGGCCGCACCUGGACCAUCCAUCGUGUGCAGUAGCUUGUCGGCACAGCAGAUCAACAAGGAAGUCGUACUGUCAACGGCAAUAGCGAGCGUGAAAGACUGGCGUGGGGAGUACCAUCCUUGUCGGGUACUUCUUGAUUCAGGCUCUCAGUCUAAUUUUCUGUCAGAGCAGUUCGCUAAGCUGUUACGGCUAAAAUGUGAAGCUGUGAAGGUUCCUAUUGUCGGCAUUUCUGGAGAUAAGCAAACCGUUACCCGACAGGCAUCAACUAGCAUCAGCUCGCUACAACGUGAAGGGUGUUGGAUCUUGGACUUCCUAGUAGUACCCCAUGUUACUGGAAUCCUUCCGUCACGCAAAAUUGAUGUUCACGACUGGAACAUACCGCAGCAUCUUCCAUUAGCUGAUCCAACGUUCUAUCUUCCAGCGAAGGUUGAUAUGCUUCUAGGAGCGGAGCUGUUCUUUGAGCUACUAUGUACAGAUCGCUUCAAGCUGGCCGACAACCAACCAAUGUUAUGGCAGACCAAACUUGGAUGGAUCGUGUGUGGCUCACAUGAUGCUGUUCGUCGACCGACAUUGGUAGCAGCUACGUGCCAAGAAGCAGAUGCCAGAUUAGACGAUCUAGUUCAACGCUUCUGGGAACAAGAAGAGUUGGUGGAAUCGACUAACCCAACGACAGAAAAUCAAAAAUGUAUGGAGCACUUCGCAGCCACCCAUCGUCGUGAGAACGGUCGUUAUGUAGUUCGCUUACCGUUCCGUAGCACCGUUAACGAGCUUGGCAAUUCACGUGCUCUUGCAGAGAGACGUUUUCUUCAAACGGAAAGGAAGCUAAUGCAGAACCCUGAAUUGAAAGCACAAUACAUCGCCUUUAUCAACGAAUACAUCAACCUAGGACACUGCGUAGCUGUAGACGUGCGCGAAGAAGGUGGAUUUUAUCUUCCGCAACACGCCAUAGUCAAGCCCUCCAGUUCGACCACAAAAUUACGCGUCGUUUUUGACGCUUCGGCGAGGUCUGAUUCUGGAUAUUCGCUUAACGAUGUGCUAGUGCCUGGCCCCGUCGUGCAGGACAACCGGAUGGCCAUUGUACUUUGUUUUCGAAAACAUAAGUAUGUGUUCACCUCGGAUGUUACGAAAAUGUACCGUCAAGUGCGCGUCGAUGAUCGAGACACGGUGUACCAAAGGAUCAUAUGGCGCGAAAAUCCUCAAGACAAGCUGCAAACCCUGGAACUAAAAACUGCGAUGUAUGGCACUUCGUGCGCUCCCUUUUGUGCCACAGUCUGCCUGAGACAGUUGGCACAAGAUGAAGAAGAUGAAUUUCCUCUAGCCGCACGAGUUGUGAAGAAGGAAGUUUAUAUCGACGACGUGCUCGCCGGCUCCGAUGACCUGCGAGAAGCAUUAGAAUGUCAGAAGCAGUUGAUAGGUCUCCUGCAACGUGGUGGUUUUGCACUACAUAAAUGGUGCGCAAAUGAUAUGCGUCUUCUUGAACACAUCCCUGGAAAAGACAGAGAGGAAUUAGCAAGAAUCGAGGAUCACAGCAUGAACGACGUAGUGAAGACUCUUGGUUUGUUUUGGGACCCAUCCAACGACGUUUUCCUGUUUCACAUGCAAGCCGAGGAGGAUGAUCUACGAAAUCACACAAAACGAACCGUGUUGUCAGACACCGCAAGGAUCUUCGACUCCCUGGGCAUGCUCGGACCGGUUAUAAUUGUGCUGAAGGUGUUUUGCCAAGAAUUAUGGGCGCAAGGAUUAGGAUGGGACGAGCCUCUACCUGCCCGAUUGGAGGAACAGUGGAAACAAAUGAAGGCCGAUCUCCGUCACAUCAAUCAAAUUGAAAUCCCUCGUCGAGUAGUACCAGAUCAAGCGACGUCAUUCGAAAUCCAUGGAUUCUCUGAUGCUAGUCAGAAGGCAUUUGCUGCUUGCGUCUUCAUGCGGAGUCUGAAGUCGGAUGGCACCGCUGAGAUGGAACUUCUGGGCAGCAAAACUCGCGUUGCACCGUUGCCCAAAAAACCUGGAAGCAAAAAGGCAGGGAAGCCUUUCACCAUACCUAGAGCAGAACUGUGUGGAGCUUUGCUGUUGGCCAAAUUAGUGACAUCUGUACUUGAGCACAUGGACGUCGAGGUUGCAUCAGUAGUCCUCUGGUGUGACUCGCAAAUUGUACUCUGUUGGCUAAAAAAGUCUCCAAGCAGCUUGGAAGUAUUCUUCGGUACCAGAGUUCGGGAAAUCCAACAAUUGACGGAGAACUUCCAAUGGCGAUACAUCAACACAAAACUCAACCCAGCUGACCCAGCAUCGCGUGGCAUAACAACGGUGGAGCUAGCGAAGUCUGAGCUUUGGUGGUCUGGGCCACCGAUGCUGCACGAGGCGAGUUACACGUACGAGGAAGUUGAGGACCAACUGUUCACGAAGGAAGAACUGGAACUUCGACCACAAGUGAGUGCAAACGUUGCGGUAAGGAAGUUUCAAUGGGAAAUGCUAUCAAAAUUCAGCGACUUUAAAAAGCUGCAGCGUGUGUUCGGAUGGGCAGUUAGAAUUGCUAGGAAUUGGCGCAUGCGAGAUAAAGAAAACCGUGUAACCGGAGCACUGAAGAUUUCUGAACUGAGAGCCGCAACCAAAUGGAUCAUCGCUGAGACACAACGUGAAGGCUUCGAGGACGAGCUACGAAUGUUGAAGAACAACGACACUCGCAAAAGCAAACUAUUGAGAUUGGUGCCGUUCCUGGACGAUGAGGGGUUACUGCGAGUCGGUGGUCGACUCAAGAAUGCAAGCAUUUCCUAUGGGCACAAGCAUCAGCUUCUCUUGCCACAGAAGCAUCACGUGACCAAAAUUUUGAUUGAUUCGUUGCACAAAGACCAUCUCCACAUCGGACAGCAGGCGCUACUAGCAGUUGUUCGUCAGCGAUACUGGCCAAUUCGUGCAAGAGACACUAUUCGACAGAUUGUUCACAAUUGUGUUCGUUGCUUCAGGAUGAAUCCAACCGAUGUUGAACAAUACAUGGGUGACCUGCCACACCACCGAGUUAACCCGUCUCCACCCUUCAACAGGACAGGUAUCGAUUACGCUGGCCCAUUUUUCAUUCGCCAGGGGGUGCGAGGUGGAACGAAGAUCAAGGCAUAUGUGGCACUAUUUAUUUGCUUGAGCACAAAAGCCAUUCAUUUGGAGCUAGUGUCGAAUCUUUCUACGGAGGCCUUCCUAGCAGCCUUGCAACGCUUCGUUGGUCGUCGCGGUGUGCCGGAAUUGUUGAUGUCGGACAACGCUACCAAUUUCAAGGGUGCCUGUAACGAAUUGCAUCAGUUGUAUGAGCUGUUCCAUUCUGAUGAAGAAUUGAAAGUCAUCGAACGAUACUGCGCAUCCAAGGAAAUCCAGUGGUCCUUUAUCCCACCACGGACCCCCAACUUUGGUGGAGUUUGGGAAGCGGGAAUAAAGGCCGCCAAGAAUCGCUUGAAGAUCGUACUGUACGAAGCAGCCAUGAAUUUCGAAGAAAUGACAACUGUGUUGGUGCAGGUGGAGGCCAUACUCAACUCGAGACCUCUAACUCAGAUUUCGAAUGAUCCCUGCGACUAUACUGCAUUGACACCUGGUCAUUUUUUGGUUGGAAGGGAAUCGACUGCGGUACCUGAGCCUGGAUACGGAUCGUUUCGUGUGUCGUCCCUUACACGCUGGCAACACGUCCAGAAACUGAAGCAGGAUUUCUGGGCAAGAUGGUCUGCUGAAUACCUGUGUGAGUUUCAACCGCGAGGAAAAUGGUUCAAAGGAAAGCUGAUGUUAAAGCCCGGUAUGCUGGUGGUCCUACGCGAGGAUAACAUGCCUCCACAACAGUGGAAACUCGGACGUAUUUCAAAGCUUCAUCCAGGAUCAGAUAACAUAACCAGAGUCGUGACUGUCAAGACAUCUAACGGAGAAUUCACUCGAGGAGUCAGCAAAAUCGCCAUUCUUCCGGUGGAAACUGCAGAUCCUUAA